GCAGGUGCGGUAACAGAGAACUUGUCAAAUUGGAAAGCACAGAAAACAGACUCCCAUCCCUUAUUGGUUCACACUAUCUUCUUGGAGUGUAGGAAACUUGGCGAAGAUAUGACCGCCAAUCACAGGCCGAGGCCGUUGGAUGAAAUAGAUAUCGAUCUGAUAGAAUCUAUUAAACUCUCGCCCUGUUUGUAUGAUAACCGUCAUCCGGAUUUUCGAUUGGUUUACAAGAAAGAUUUACAAUGGAGCCGGGUGGGUGCCAAUGUUGGUAUGUCCUCACUGGAAGCCCGCAAGCGCUGGACUGUUCUCAGAGACCGCUAUGCCAGAGAGCUGAAACAAAUGAAUCUUAAUCCAAAAGACAAGUCGUUUGCCAAAAAUGAUUUCUUUUGUCGAAUGGAUUUUUUGCGUCGUUUUAUAAAGAAACGUCAGGUGCGCAAGGAUGCUGUGGAUAGGACAACGAAUGUAUGUAGUGCGGACACUGAAAAUAUAGAGAUGAAACCUGAAAUAUACAACGUUGAUGACGAAGAAGUUAGCGCGGAGGACAGCGGGCUGAGGGCCACAGGGUCCGCGAUAAGAUGCCCAUCAUAUACGGAAGAGGAUAAUACCACUCAAUGUUCGGGAAUGGAAAGUAAUGUUUGCGAUGAGCAUUUUAGUGAAACUUCGGAAAGAGUACUGGAGGCUCAAGACACUUCAUAUACACCUUCAACAGCAAAUAUCCCUUGUAUUACAGAUGCAGAGCUAACAGAAAAUACACAACAAGUCAUGUACCCUAAGGAACAACAUUUCUCAGCGACACCAGACAUUCCACCCAAUGCGGAAAUGGCUAGUGAGGACUCGUUUUCCAAAGUAAUAGCUUCGUAUUUAAAAAACCUAUCGCUACAUUAUAAGAUUAAGGCCCAAGUUGAAAUGAUGCAAAUAUUAGAGAAAUAUAUUGUUUUAGAAGAAAGCGAACGUUUGUCAUAAGUAUUAUUUAGUAUUUAGAAAAAAUAUAUUCUUAAGUAUUGUACAUAAAUAUAUAUAUAAAAAAGUAGACUAUUCACUUUAA